UUCAUAUAUAGCCAUUUCAUUUCUCUGUGAGAAUCACUUCUGAAAAACUUCAAGGGAGACUUGAAGAAGUUAAUCACAAUGGUUAGAAGUCCGGGCUCUUCCAAAGAUGGAAUGAAUAAAGGAUCUUGGACUGCUGCCGAAGACAAAAUUUUAAAAGAUUAUAUCAAGGUCCAUGGCGAAGGCAAAUGGAGCAAUGUUGCUAAAAUCACAGGCCUGAAGAGAUGUGGAAAGAGUUGCAGGCUGCGUUGGAUGAACUAUCUGAGACCAGAUAUAAUACGAGGGAACAUUUCAGACGAUGAAGAAGAGCUCAUCAUCCGGCUGCAUAAACUCUUAGGCAACAGGUGGUCUCUGAUCGCAGGCAGACUUCCCGGAAGAACAGAUAAUGAAAUAAAGAAUUACUGGAACACCAACUUAGCUAAGAAGUUACCAGAGUCGCCACUCCAGUCUAAUAAUAUUACCAAUAUCGGAAAGAGAGUUAAAGUUGAGCUCCCAUCUUCACCAACUACUGGAAAGAGUAGGAUCAAUUCAUUACAAUUACCAGAAGCAGCUACAGGAAACAAUGUGUUUGUUGCAGCAGGAGAUGUUAAUGAUGAAGAAGACAAUAAAAAACUCAUUAAUGAUGUGGAGCUACCGCCGUACGUGGAAGGCGAUUGUCCAAGGAUUAUUACGACGAUUUAUGAAAAUAAAAACGAUCGGUGCUACUCAAGUGAUGGGUCACCGUUAUCGAUGUCUAGAGAAGAAGGCAAUAAUAAUUCAUCAGAAUUUAUGAUGUUGGAUUUUAACGUGGAGGACUUGGGUAUAAUUCUUGAUUCAGAAUUCACCAAUAAGUUUAAUGAAAUGGAGAAAACGUGUGAUGAAGCAUCAUUUUUUCCUAAGAAAAUUAAGGAGAAAAAUGGGAGAGGAGAUCAAAGUGGUACAACGACAACUACAACUACUACAGAUCAAGAUCAAUUCUUAUCGUUGGCUUUUUCUUUUCUUGAAUCAGCUGAAGAAUGGCCUGGAGAUGAUCUAAACAAUAAUAUUACUCAUGUUUAGUUUAAUCAUGUUAAUAGAAUUUCAAUUUGGAUCCAUUAAUUUCAUGUUAAAUAUGAAUAAUAAUUAAGUGCGUGUAGUUCUAUUUCUCGCUA